AUGACGCCUAAAGGAAGAUUUUCACAGGAAUUUGACACAAUUUUUCCAGAAAUUUUACAAGAUCUCAAGGAAACUCUCAUAGGAUAUGGCCAAAAAGAAACAUUCGAUUCUUUAGCUCGUGGUCUGGAAUACAAUUUACAAAAUGCUGAACAAAAUAUUGCUCUGCUCACCAUGCUGACCUAUGAGCAAAUGGUCAAGGCCAAAAAGAUCACCUCACCGGACUAUCGGUUGGCCAGCAUUUUGGGAUGGUGUGGGGAAAUUCUAAAUGCCGGCAUUCUUAUAUGUGACGAUGUCUUAGAUCGAGGACAAAUGAGACGUUCCCUGCCAAGUUGGUAUACUCUGGAGAAUGUGGGCCUCAAUGCCGUCACGGAUGCCUUUCUAUUGCAUCAGUUUGUGUUUUUGACUUUGACUAAGCAUUGCAGGCAUUUGCAUUGUUACACCAGCCUCAUGGAAUUGUUUCAUGAAGUUUGCUUUCGCACUGCCUGUGGCAAGAGUAUGGAUGUGGCAUGCACCAGAAAAUCACUCAAUGAAUUCAACCUUAGAGACUACAAAACUAUGGCCGUGAAUAAGGCAACAUUUUAUAAUUUUUAUUUACCAUUUGCCUUGUCCAUGCAUUUGGCUGGGUAA